AUGAAAUACCUCAACUACGACUUUAUUGCACCCACUCAUUUACAUUACUUGAAGAGCUAUCGCUAUAAGGGCACAGAUCAGUCCCUCUUAUACAAUUACAUACUCUCACCUUUGGCUGAAUUAUGCCUAAGAUUUGUACCUAUGAAUGUUGCACCAAAUGUAUUAACAUUGAUGGGACUGGCAUGUAUUAUCUUACCACAUAUACUUUACUUUUUUGUGAUGGGUGACAACUUUGCGGGAUUCAUUCCGAAUUGGUUGCUCUGGCUGACAGCCUUGUUGCACAUGCUAUACAUGGUAAUAUAUGUAUUUUAAGAAGAAUUUCGACAACUUGGAUGGGAAGCAAGCAAGGAGAACAAGUAAUAAUAAAAUAAAUGUUUUUAAGAAAAUUCCUCACCUCUUGGAAUGAUUUUGGAUCACAAUUUUGAUUCCAUGAUCAUCUUGCUAUAGGGCACUAGCAUGACUACUGCAAUGCAAUUUGGCAAUACAAUUUUCUCUGUCAUCCUCUACAUAAUUCCCUCUGUGCCAUUCUAUAUAAUUGCUCACGAAGAAUAUUAUACACAUGAAAUGAAUCUGCCAAUAAUCAAUGCUGCAGCAGAAGGCACAAUAAGUGUGGCAGUAGUCUUCGCAGCAACUGCCUACUAUGGAUGCGACAUGUGGGUGUAAAAAUUGCCAUGGUUCUACAAUUAUCAGAUGAACCAAUUUGUUAUGCUUAUGUUCAUUAUUUCAGUUAUCAUAACUAUGCCUGCAGUUUUCCAAAAGAUCAAGAAGUUCACCUCCAUCACUUCCUUAUUAAAGUAACUGAGAUAUUUCUUCUUUUUUAAUACUGUCAUUCUGUAUAGCAUUUUGUUUUCAAAGACAAAUGUAAUUCAAGAUCAUGUGAGAGCGUAUAUGUACACUGUCGGAUUCACUAUGUCAAAAGCAGUGGGGGUUGUUGCUCUAAACCAUGUCAGCAAUUAAAACUUACCAGAAUAUUAGAAUUCAAUUUACAUCUUUUUAGUCAUUUUACUAAAUACAAUUUCCGGGUAAAUACUUGGACAAACAAUUAUUGACGAAGGAUAUUUAAUUAAAUUUGCUGCCACAGCAAGUUUUUUAAUUCAUCUACAUUUCCUCUACAAUAUCGCAAGAUAGAUAUCAGAAGCACUCAACAUUAAAAUUUUUUAAAUCAAUUCAACAAACAAAUGA